GUUGAACUUGACUUAAAUUUCAAAACUGACGAUGUCAUUGCAUGACUGAAUUGACUCUAGAGGAAAUCCAUCACAGGAUUGCGUUACAAUAAUUGCUUAUAUUUACAAAAAGAAAGCAUCUAGCUUAGUAACUUUACUUUUCGUAAAGAUUUGGUGAUUAGCUAAACUGAUUGACUCGAGAGGUUUCUAUUGAAAAAAAAAUCGAAGAUGGUAAACUCUAAUAAGAUGAGCUUUGGUUUAAUUUGCAUUUUCGUGAUGGUGUUUGUGAUUGAAGGUUUGUAUAUCAUUUUAAGCUGUUAGCCUUUUUAUACUUUAAUGAUAUUUAUUGCAACAUUUUUAUAUCAUAUUUUGAUGAUAUCUGAUUUCAUUUAAGUACUAGCUGGGGCAACGCACACAUGAUAGAUGUUUAGAAUACUGUACAUUCCUCGGUUAGAGAUCAUAUUCACAAUUACGGCCAGGUACUUUUAAGGAUACUCACUCACUGCAUCAAAGUUGUUCAUCUAGAUGCUCUUUUGCGUGCGUUUGGUGCGUAGGUGACCAAUCGCACGACUGGGUGGGGAGUGGGAGACAGCGAAUGAGAGCGCAGCAUGGUGCGCAAUGAGUGUGGAGUGGACAGUAAAACAUUCACUCGGGAAUUAUUAUUGUACAUUCUUUUGAUGCCAGUAAAAACAAAUUAAAAAUAAAACGAACUAAUAUGAAAUAAGCUGAAAUUGAUUUAAUUGCUAAUGCUAUUGGUUGAACAGUAAAUAUAAAUUUAUGCUAAAAAAAAACAAAUUUUAAAAAAUAAAUUAUUGAUUUGUUGCGAUUUUCGUUGUUGUUGGUUUGAAUUUUACUUUAAAAAUUGGAAAGGGUGUGUGGUUGGUUGUAAGCGAGGUUGAGCUCACUCAUGGCCUUACCAUUUCGUCUACUCGGGUGUGUUGUUUUAUUACAAUGCUGUUGUUGUUCGUCAGUCGGGAGUCGACCAUGACCACUUUAAUCAUCAGGGUUUUUGUGCUGGUUAUGUCUGUGGGUGCGCAGAUGGCUAAUGAGGCCGAUUCUGGCACGAAAUUCUCUUGUGCGGUAGGUGCAGGGGGAUGAUGGCGCAUCUCCGGGAGAAGAGUCAGAGCGGGCCUCCUUGGCAUGUCACAUGCGCUCUGCAACCGCUCUUCUGCCAACUUGAUGUUGCAUGGAACUACUGUGCAAAGUGGAAUGCGAUGAAGUUCGAUCCUUUGCUUGUUCCUCCCACGUGUAUUUUAUGUUGAACGCUUUCAGUGAGACUUUUAUGUGUCUUUAAAGCGCUUUUUUUGUCAGCCAGCAGACCGCUGUUACAAUGUUAUAACGGUGAAGACUCAACAUCCUCGGCAUCGUCAGAGAAGGCAACAAUGUCCUAAAUCAAACUCUUUUACAAUUAGCUAACACUAGCCCGUCAUUAUUUGGGUCUGUUUUAGUAAACGGUGAUCAGGGACAUAAAACAACAGCAUUUUUUGGGUACUAGAUGUUCAGUUUUAUUAUUAAAAGUUAGGAUGAAUUUAUCCUUUACUUUUACCAUUCAUCAUUUAACAUUUCAAUAAAAAAAACAAAAAAAAGGAAACCUUUCAAAAUAACCUUAAAAGUAAUGCUAUACUAUUAUCACAAAUUUACAGCAUCAGACAUAUCACUGAUAGCUGAGCCGGCCUCCAUCAAAGAUGGACUCACGAAGACACUGCAGAUGAGAUGUUCCCUCCAGGUAGAUAUGUAAUGUUAGUGUAAUAAUGUAGAAAAAAAAAACGCGAAUAAAAAACUAACAAAAAAACUAAAAAUUAUUUUUUUUUAAAGAAAAUUAAUAAACCACCAUACAGUUUUAAACUAAAGGAACUAAUUCGAUAUUUUAAUGACUCAUUUAAGCUAAAUAGAAGCCAUUCAAAAUGUCAAAGCAUUUACACCCUAUUGGAAUAUAACAAGCAAAUCAAUUUUUUCCCUUAUGCAUCGUAUGUGUUUGAAAGGGGCAGCGACCGGGGAUAUUUUUAUAGAGCACCAGUCUUAGCGAAUCACGUCCCAUAUAUUAAAAGGUUUUCUGCAAUGCACAUAGUUCUGGAAUGGGUGCAGUGAAUAUAAAUCAAAUUUUGUUUUGUUUUUUUAAAUUAAUGUACCGGUAUGUUGAUUUUUAAGUUCAUGAUUAUGUUUGUUAAAAUGUAUGUACAGCGUGGUGAGCCCAGCUCUAGCUUGGGGUACCGCACUAUUGAAAAGCACUAAUAAUAAUAAUGAUAAUAAUAAUAAUAGGUCAUGAGCUUAACACCUAAAUGGCAACCACCCUUUGCUGGGUGUUAUGUGGCAUAGAGCAAGAGCCAUCUCUACGGCAACGGAAACCUCGACUGCGCUCUAUUAUAGAAUAGGAAGUGAUAAGUUAUAACUUAAACUAAGUCUCAAGCAUAACGAUCGUUUCAUCAAUGUCCAGUGUUUUUUUUAUCUCAAGUCUAAACAUAAUCUUGUUCCGCAAUUUCCUUCACAUGGCUUGACUGCAGUCCCACUCAUAGACAAUAACCUCACCAGUUGUCAUGCGGCUCUAUUUAUUUCAUUUCACUUUUUAAAAACAACAACAACCAAGAAAAUCUGUAUCCUAAAAUGAACGCUGGAACAAAACACAUCAAUGCAGUCAUCCAAAUGUCUCACUUUAUUACCAGUACGCCCACCAAGGAGACGAUGCUGCACAAAGCAGAGCUGGGCUGUCUACAAUGACUGUAAAUUCAAUCUCAGUAAAACGAGGUAAUGUAGGUUCUUUCUUACACCUUACAACCUCGUCAUGACUCAUGACGUGACAAAGUUUAAACUUCUCUACCGUAUGAUCUCAGUUCAUUGUCUUUGAAUGCUAAGUUUUAAAGGCAUUAUUUCAAUAUAUAUAUAUAUAUAUAUAUAUAUAUAUAUAUAUAUAUAUAUAUAUAUAUAUAGUUAGAUAGAUAGAUUAAUAGAUAGAUAGAUAGAUAGAUUAGAUAGAUAGAUAGAUAUAUAGAUAGAUAGAUAGAUAGAUUACAUAGAUAUAUCGAUAGAUAGAUAGAUAGAUUAGAUUAGAUUAGAUUAGAUUAGAUUAAAUUAGAUUAGAUUAGAUAAGAUUAGAUAGCUAAGAUACAUGGAUAUAUCGAUAGAUAGAUAGAUAGAUAGAUUAGAUUAGAUUAAAUUAGAUUAGAUUAGAUUAGAUAAGAUUAGAUAGCUAGAAAAAAAGAUAGCUACAUAGCUGCAUAGUUAAAUAGCUAAUAGCUAGAUAGAUAGAUAGACAGAUAGAUAGAUUAGAUAGAUUAGAUAAUUUAGAUAGAUUAGAUAAUUUAGAUAGAUUAGAUAGAUUCCAUAGAUUAGAUUAGAUUAGAUAGAUUAGAUAGAUUAGAUCUAUUAGAUUAGAUUAGAUAGAUUAGAUUGGAUAGAUAGAUAGAUAGAUUAGAUUAGAUAGAUUAGAUUAGAUAUAUUAGAUUAGAUAGAUUAGAUUAGAUAGAUUAGAUUAGAUAUAUUAGAUAGAUUAGAUAAGAUAGAUUAGAAAAGAUAGAUUAGAUAAGAUAGAUUAGAUUAGAUAGAUUAGAUUAUAUAGAUUAGAUAGAUUAGAUAGAUUAUAUUAGACAGAUUAGAUUAGAUAGAUUAGAUAGAUUAGAUUAAAUAGAUUAUAUUAUAUUAGAUAGAUUAGAUUAGAUAGAUUAGAUUAGAUAUAUUAGAUUAGAUAGAUUAGAAAGAUUAGAUUAGAUAGAUUAGAUUAGAUAUAUUAGAUUAGAUAGAUUAGAUAACAUAUAUUAGAUAAGAUAGAUAAGAUACGAUAGAUUAGAUUAGAUAGAUUAGAUUAGAUAGAUUAGAUUAGAUGGAUUAGAUUAGAUAGAUUAUAUAGAUUAGAUUAGAUAGAUUAGAUUAGAUAGAUUAGAUUAGAUAGAUUAGAUUAUAUAGAUUAGAUUAGAUAGAUUAUAUUAGAUAGAUUAUAUUAGAUAGAUUAGAUUAGAUAGAUUAGAUUAGAUUAGAUAGAUUAGAUAGAUUAGAUUAGAAAGAUUAGAUUAGAUAGAUUAGAUUAGAUAGAUUAGAUUAGAUAGAUUUGAUUAGAUAGAUUAGAUUAGAUAGAUUAGAUCUGAUAGAUUAGAUUAGAUAGAUUAGAUUAGAUAGAUUAGAUUAGAUAGAUUAGAUUAUAUUAGAUUAGAUAGAUUAGAUUAGAUAGAUUAGAUAAGAUUAGAUAGAUUAGAUCGAUUGAUUAGAUUAGAUUGAUUAGAUUAUAUUGAUUAGAUUAGAUAGAUUAGAUUAAAUAAAUUAGAUUAGAUAGAUUGAUUAGAUUAGAUAUAUUAGAUUAGAUAGAUUAGAUAGAUUAGAUGAGAUUGAUUAGAUUACAUAGAUUAGAUUAUAUAGAUUAGAUUAGAUCGAUUAGAUUAGAUAGAUUAGAUUAGAUGGAUUUUAUUAGAUGGAUUAGAUUAGAUGGAUUAGAUGAGAUAGAUUAGAUGAUAUAGAUUAGACAGAUAGAUUAGAUAGAUUCGAUUAGAUAGAUUAGAUUGAUUAGAUUAGAUAUAUUAGAUUAGAUAGAUUAGAUUAGAUAGAUUAGAUUGGAUAGAUUGGAUAGAUGGGACAGAUUAGACGGAUUAGACAGACAGACAGACUAGACUAGACUAGGAUAGACUGGACUAGGAUAGACUAGACAGGGAUAUACUAGACUAGGAUAUACUAGACUAGGAUAGACUAGACUUGGAUAGGAUAGACUAGGAUAGACUAGGAUAGACUAGGAUAGCUUAGACUAGGAUAUACUAGACUAGGAUAGUCUAGACUAGGAUAGACUAGACUAGGAUAGACUAGACUUUACUAGACUAGACUAGAAUAGACUAGACUGGAUAGACUAGACUAGGAUAUGAUAGACUAGGAUAGGAUAGACUAGGAUAGACUAGGAUAGACUAGGAUAGACUAGACUAGGAUAAACUAGACUAGACUAGGAUAGACUAGACUAGGAUAGACUAGACUAGGAUAGAUAGAUAGAUAUAUGGAGAGAUGGAUUAGAUAGAUAGAUAGAUAGAUAGAUAGAUAGAUAGAUAGAUAGAUAGAUAGAUAGAUAGAUAGAUAGAUAGAUAGAUAGAUAGAUAGAUAGAUAGAUAGAUAGAUAGAUCGAUAGAUGGAUAUAUGGAUAGAUUGAAUAGAUGGAUAGAUUGGAUAUAUGGAUAGAUUGAUAGAUGUAUAGGAUAGGAUAGGAUAGGUAGGAUAGUUGGGAUUGGAUGGAUAGGAUGGAUAGGAUGGAUAGGAUGGAUAGGAUGGAUUGAUGGAUGGGUGGAUGGGAUAGGAUGGGAUAGGAUAGGAUAGGAUAAGACAGGAUAAGAUAGGAUAAGAUAGGAUAAGAUUAGAUAGAUAAGAUAGAUAAGUAUUAUAGAUAGAUAGAUGGAUAUAUAUAGAUAGAUAGAUAGAUAGAUAGAUUGAUAGAUUGAUAGAUUGAUAGAUUGAUAGAUUGAUAGAUUGAUAGAUUGAUAGAUUGAUAGAUUAAUUGAUUGAUAGAUUGAUAGAUUGAUAGAUGAUAGAUUGAUAGAUGAUAGAUUGAUAGACGAUAGAUAGAUGCUUAUAGAUAGAUGCUGAUAGAUAGAUGAUGAUAGAUAGAUGAUGAUAGAUAGAUGAUGAUAGAUAGAUGAUGAUAGAUAGAUGAUGAUAGAUAGAUGAUGAUAGAUAGAUGAUGAUAGAUAGAUGAUAAAUAGAUGGAUAGAUAGAUGAUAGAUAGAUAGAUGAUAGAUAGAUGGAUGAUAGAUAGAUAUAGUUAUGUAUGUAUCUUUGUAUGUAUGUAUGCUUUUUUCCGUAUCUGUAUGUACAUCCUUGAUUAACAAACAUAAUUUUUAAGUUUAUAGUUAUAAUCACAGUUAUAAUCACAGUUAUAAUCACAGUUAUAAUCACAUGCAACAAAUAGAUACAUUUUCAACCUUGCUGAUGCUGAAAACAAUCAUUUCAGUCAACUCAUACGUGAACACUCUCUCUAAAUAAUAAGAUUAAUUUUGAUGAUUUUAUUUUCAGAUGACAAGACCACGAUCGCGGCAAUUUCAUCUCGGCAGCCGGCUGUUGCGUCAGAAGACGUGGACACUCUCACGGUCCGUGGUAAUUUAACUCCAGGCGUGGACUCCAACUAUCUGCAGUUGACGUGGACCAAGCCGGGGAUAAACCAGGCCGGGAUCUACACGUGUACGAUCAACGCGACGGAUAAUGCUGGCCGUGGUGUCCUGUACAAAUCAAAUACUUACGUAUGUCAUCAGCGUCCUAACGAAGAGGACAUUCUCCAGUACAUCAUCGAAUUAGAGGACAGACUCUCACAGACCGAAACAGGAGUGCAAGAAUGCGAAAAAAGCUUAAAUACAGAACUCACAGCCAUCAGACUGUCAUUGAACAAUUCACAAUCUUACUUGCAGGGGCAGAUCGACAUCUUGAAGACCCAAGACGCAGCCACCGCCGAGGAUCUAAAAAGAUUGGAGACAGGGGCAUCGGCUCUUCGCACCGACCUGACGGCGAUACAGAACUCACUUGACAGCUACGUCGUGGAGGAGGGGGUUGUUUACUGCGGAAGCUCCACGAGUUUUCAACCCACCGGAGAACCCACCUUGAAACGCCGUGUGGUGUAUGUUAAGUUCACCAAAACCUUCUCCAAGCUGCCGACCGUCGUGUGCACUUUGCAGGAGAUGGAUGUGGACAAAGGAUUCAACUUAAGAUUCAAGUACUUUGUCCGUGACCUGACGACCGCCGGGUUCAACCUCCACUGCGAGACAUGGUGGGAUACGCUCCUGUACGGGAUCGAUAUCAAAUGGAGAGCCUCGAUACCCUAAGGCACGGGUGAAUGUUGUUUCGAGUCAUGGAGAGGGAGAGAGUUCACCAAUAAAGCAAUGAAGUGAAGUGGAAGAGUAUCAUCACCUUGGAGCAUGAUAUAUUCAUGCUUAUUUACUGUAUAUAUAUUAUUUUUAUAUAAGUCUAUACGGUACGGUACGCACUUUAAUUUAAAAAAAAAAUUAAACCAAAUGGAAUUGGACCCCAACAGCAGGAGUGCGGCAAUCAUACAGCGAGAGGGCAACAAUCGUAUAGUCAGAGGGUAGCAAUAAUAUCUUCAGAGGGCCGCAAUUAUAUAGCCAGAGGGCAGCAAAUAUAUAACCGGAGGGCAGUAAUGAUAUAUCCACAGAGCAUCCAUCAUAUAACCGGAGGGAAGCAAUCAUACACCCACAGGGCAGAAAUAAUUAGUUUUGGCUAUCCUUUCCUCAAAUUUCCCCACCAAAUGAUAUUUUCUUCAUAGGUCUUAUUUGGGUGUUGUUUAGAUAUUAUUUAGGAUUUUAUUUAGAUACUAUUUGAGUGUUAUUUGGGUGUUUUUGAGAUAUUAUUUAGGAUUUUAUGUAUAUAUUAUGUAUGUGUUAUUUGGGUAUUAUUUAGAUGAUAUUAAGAUAUAUUUAAGCGUUAUUUAUCUGUUAUUUUGUGUUGUUAAAAUGGGAUGGAAUUAACGAAAC